AUGGUACCAGCAUUGUCCAUCGGUUCACCCUCAUCCAGCGAAUCAUCCCUCAACUAUCCCAUCUUUUCGUCAACUACCUCCGUUCCCUCUUCAAACUCCGUUUCCUCUGCAAACUCUGCAUCCUGCAAAGAGUCAUCCCGAUUCGCCCUCAUUGCAGAUAUAAUGAAUGAAAUGGCGAGCACUCUUAUCCGGCGAUCGCCGGAUGUCCAGCGCCUGCAAUGCUCACCCUAUGCUGACAUGUAUCUUGCUAAUCCUCUACGAGCCCCACUAGGAGGCCGUGUUUUUUUGAAUCCACACCAUACCGAAGCCCCACCCACCGCUUCUGCUCCUAAUAAUCCUCAUCCGCUUCCCAAGCGAUUCCAAAACUCUGGAGGGUGGGGUGCUCGCCAUAUGCAUGAUGAUGCUCCAUUUACUUUCUGGGACUCUGAAGAGCGAAGGUUUCGCAGUCCAACUGACGUCCAGCUUAAGUGGAUGUACGAACGAUAUGGAGAGGGCGAAAUCAAUUUUUCAUGGUUUAUCUCAUACCAAACAGACCACCCACCACAACCUAUCCCAUUCACCAUUGGCUGCAUGCCAGUUUUUUUUUUCUUCCCAAUCGGAACCGUCCGACGGGAUCCGGGGCUUACCAAUUCAUAUUCUAACCCAAGAUUAAAGGCUUGUGCCUUGCUUGGAUGGCCAGAAAUGGAAUUCCCGUCAAAGGCCCAGAAUAUUGAGAUUUUGCAGGCGCUCGAGCCGCUUGCUUCUGUUACUGGAAUUGUGUAUAUGCCCUAUGUUAUAGUAAUCGAGUUAGAUGCAACCGAUGGCUUGUAUAAGCAUCAUUCUUUACCGGGAGUCGUGGCAGGUCGCGGAACCUUCUACCGUCAUGGCCUUGAACCCUUCUACCAUUUAUUGAAUAAUCAUGCCCGACAGCGAAUCAUUAGUCUGAAGGGAGAUCUUGCUCAAGAUGAUGCAAAUCACCUGGAUAACUCGCUUUUGACGCCAGGAUGUCGCGUAGAGGCAGUCCAUACAGCUUCCACGGCAGGCAUCGACCGCGGGAUUAAAAUCGGAGAUAAUGAAGUGGGACACAUCCUCGACCGUAAUAGACGCCCCAAGCUAGAUAUAGCUCUUGUGACCCUAGCGCCUGGAAUUGCGCAAAUAUGCUCCAACAACUCUUACUUUCAAGCCCAGGCACCCACAGACUUCUUGAAAGGAGAUCAGGUCAAAUCAGGAUCUUGGAGCGAAAUUGAUGGAAUGAGUUCAGGACUGGUGGCCAUGAUGGCGCAAGCCUCACAAAUGCGUAAACCUAAGCGGCCUCCGGGUCACCCACCCAUGGAACACAGAGAAUGGAUUUGUGAAGUUGUCAAUGCCAUCUUUGGUGUCAUGAAUAAACCAAUUUCAGAUGACGUGUGUGGGACCCCUUUAGUAGACUGCGAAACUUGUGCAGUGAGUGGGUUUUUCCACCAGUCUGACGGCUUGAUUUGUGUGACAGCCCAUCUUGAUAGCUUCAUUGAUGAAGGAUGGAAAAUUGUAUAA